AGGAAAGGAAAGGAAAGGAAAGGAAAGGAAAGGAAAGGAAAGGAAAGGAAAGGAAAGGAAAGGAAAGGAAAGGAAAGGAAAGGAAAGGAAAGGAAAGGAAAGGAAAGGAAAGGAAAGGAAAGGAAAGGAAAGGAAAGGAAAGGAAAGGAAAGGAAAGGAAAGGAAAGGAAAGGAAAGGAAAGGAAAGGAAAGGAAAGGAAAGGAAAGGAAAGGAAAGGAAAGGAAAAGGAAAGUUUGAAAGAAUGACAAUUAAAAGUAAUGAGACACCUUGUUAAAGUAAUUUCUGUGGGUAACAGCCUUGGUGUUGAGAGUGAGCUCUUAGGGCAAGUGAGUGAACGUGGAUGGGCAACAGGUGCUCUCUUGGCCUCCUGAGAGGCAAAGGAACCUGGAGGGAGAACUUAAAGGUUCUUGUUAAGCCAUGUAGGCAAACGGUAAACAGUGUUAUCUGGAAAUCUGAUGACUUUGAUAUAAACGAAAUGUCAUAAUGGAUCUGUUGGGCUCUGCUGUCAGCUGCCUGGCAGAUGCAUUGCAAUGCUGCACGUGGUCUCGUGGUCACUGGCCUGUCCUGAGCAGCUGCCUGGGACAAGGGACAAGGGGCAAUGGGUGCAAACUGGAACACAGGAGGUUCCACUUGAAGGUGAGAAGCAACUUGUUGGGGGUGAGGGUGGCAGAGCCUGGCCCAGGCUGCCCAGGGGGGUUGUGGAGUCUCCUUCUGUGCAGACAUUCCAACCCGCCUGGACACCUUCCUGUGUAACCUCAUCUGGGUGUUCCUGCUCCAUGGGGGGAUUGCACUGGAUGAGCUUUCCAGGGCCCUUCCAACCCCUGACACUCUGGGGUUCUGUGAGCAUCACACUUGGACUGACUCUAUUGUCUGAAAAAGAAUAAAAGACAACUGGGGGAAGAAGUCAGGACUUGAAGAGUGUGUUUCGUAACCUAGUGUGUUAACAAUUUUCUGUCAUUAAAUACAUAGAAAAAAAAACAGUUUAUAUAGUAGUUCUUAAGAUUUAGUUAAUCUAGUACUGCAAUGACACACCCUUGUGAACGAGGCAAUAUUGAAGUAUGUUAUGCCAGGAUGCCUUGGGAAGACAGAUAGUGCUUUACAGACUCUUUUACAGACUCUUUGCCUGAUCUGCGCAGAAACCCGGCGACUGGGCUCAUCCAGACUCCAUGGCGGAUCUUGCCCUUGGAAAUUAUUCUUCUAAAUUAGCACCAAUGCCCGUUUCAGUGCUUGCCAUUUGUCAGGAGAAUUGGUCUCUUACUGCAUCAUUGCUGUGUGCACAUGAUUUAUCAAAUUUCAUGUGUCUAGGAAACACGCUGUUCAUGAGAAAUUACUCACUGGUGUAGGGAUUAAUUUUUCAGAAGUUUAGGUAAUGUAAAAAAAUGCAUUUGCUGGAGGGAAAACUAAGAAGUGUAUGUUAAUGAACUGCAGCAACUAGAUGUAGAUAAAGUAGGUUUUUCAGUGUAACUUGAAAAAGUUGACAGCUGGUUUCUAAAUCCGUAAAGGAUAUGUAUUAGUAUAUUUUUUUUCCUCAUUAGUGUUUAGCAGAUGUGUCGGGUUUUGUUUGUUUGUUUGUUUUUGGUUGUGUUUUGUUUUCUUUUUGCAAGCUCCUCUUGUUUGGCCACAUCGAGUUCUUCAUCUCCUUAGAACUCUGAAUUGUAACCAUUGCAAACUUCUUCCAAAGCCCCCAAGUCCUCUAUCAAACUAUGGCUUUGUUUUGGCCUUUCAAAAGGUUAUUUUUUCAUUUACCGACAUAUUUCCAGCCACCUCCAGUUUUACUGUGUUAUUGCUGGAAGCAAUGCAAUAAUCUAAUGAGACGAUCUGUUUGAGCAGCUGGUUUUAACCUCUGUGACAUUUCUCGUUUGGGAUCUAAGCCUCUGCUGUCACUUCAGUGUGUACUGCAGAUAUUUUUUUAACUCAUUUUUUCCCUCUUCCCUCCAUCUUUGUGGUUUUUUUCCUCCUUUGUGUCAGAGCUGGCAAGGAGGGAUCAUAAAUGAACUGCCAUAUCACAGAUUCUUGGUGUUGAACGUGAAUUUUUCUCUUGUUUUCUGACAUCUCCCUUUCAAAACUGGGAGGGUGUGCAUGGGCUUGAAGCCAAAGAGGAAUAAACUCUCAUUUCCUCAUUGAGAACAGCAGUGUCUUUGGCAUCUCCAGUUCAAAGUCACUCACGGUUCUGGUUCUGCAGCAUUUGUGUUCCUGGCGCUCCUGAGAUACUCGAUACCUUGGGGAUAUUUUAAAGGGAUCUGGGAAGUUCAUUUCAGUUCAGCUCUCGAUGCACACUCCAGAUUGCAGUGCUCAUUUUUGGUUACCUGGAAGAAACAAGCAGAAAUCCACCGGGGACCAAUUGUCAGCAGAAGCUUUAUUAAGUAUAUUAAGUAUGAUUUAUUAUUUAAGCCUGCGGUGGAGUCUGAUGGCUCAGCAGUUGGUUUUGCCUAUGACAAGGGGGCCAAUCUGCAGAGGUCCCACAAGAUCCAGCUUUUCAUCGCUCGUACAACGUUCCAGUUCCUCAGGUGUAAAUUGGGGAGUACUGAAGAUGAAGCAACAUGUGUUGCAGUGUGCAAGUGCAAAACGUUGUUAUAAGCAGUAGCUCCUCACAAAGAAGAAGUGAGUUGAAUAAGCUGUUACAUUUGUGGCAAUAACUGUACUCUUUUGUGGUGUUGAAGGAUGGGUGUACUCUGAUCUGCAACAAUGGAGUCAGGCAAGUGAGGAUUUUUCUCCCAUGUUUUGGUAAGCGUUGAAAGGCCGGAGCCUGUCAGUGGAACUGGACGCUCUCUUCAGGCUGCUCAAGCAAGGUGCAAACAUCAGGCACUAAUCAGUGUUCUGAACAAAAAUUGCCUUCUAUUGGCAUUCAAAGCAAAAGGGAUGAAAGACUUAUUUUGACAGAAGUUGAGCAGAAAUUUGUCCUUCAGACAAAACCAGCACAGAAUACUUGCUGCAUGUAGCGUUAUCUCACACAUCCUGGUGGUGACAUCUCCAGGUAGAUGGAACACAAGGUGCACGUGGCCGAAUCCAGAGGAGGAGGAGAUGUUUUGUGCCCCUUGGAGUGCAGUCGGACAAGUCUGCUUGUAUAAUAGAUCAUAAAUUCAGAGGUUGCCUUUUUUUUUUUUUUAAAGUCGUCUUUUUUGUUUUACACAGCAGUUAGAGGCCAUUGUAUGUGAGGAGGAUUGCGUAAUCAGAGUUAAAUGAUUAAUAACACUAGUAGGGGCAGCAUUAAUGCGUUUGGCUCUCGAUUGUUAAAUAAUGAAGAAGGUUAUGGAUUUCAGAGGUCUCCUCUGUGCCCACAGACCAGAGACCCGUCCUGUGACAGCAGCAGCUGGUGACACGUGAAGUCCUCAGUGCGUGCCUGGGUUUCCACAUUGAAAUACUUGCUGCAACUUAUCUAAAUAAAACAAUAAAAUGACUCUACCUUUUUCUUCUUGUCCCUGAGAGGACAACAUUCAGCUGGUACUCUUGAUUUAGUAAAAAUGUUGACUGUUCCAUUUGUCAUCAGGCAUGCUUAUAGAAUUAUAGAAAGAAUUAAUCACUUAAAGGCACUUGGGUGAAAACUCUGAUUCUUUAAAUGCAGUAGUAGAGUUGCAAAGCUUUUAUGGACAGUGUCCCUAUUGCAUUGUAUGCUUGAUUAUCGAAAUAAGAUUAUAUGGAGUGUCAUAAAACUUACACCAUACGAUCCCAGACCACUGUGAAAAUACCAGAAGUGACCUGGCAUGGAAUGACGGCUCACGUUGGUUUUCACAGGCCAGGUUUUCUUCUGAAGUCACUGCCUGGUAUUCAAACUCUCCCUUGAAGGUGAACAGUCCCAGUAUCAAUAGGACUGUGUCCUGUUGUAAGGACACAUUUAUUAGUGUUUUCUGAAGCAUUCUGUGGCAGUGGGGAUUGUGCACGCAUAAAGAAUAAUAACUACUUUUCUUUAGUGACGGACUGUAAUUUCUGUAGUAGACAUGCUGUGAUUUAGAAGUGAAAGCAAGUCAGUAACAAAUCCUUGAAAUAAGAUUUAUGACUUAAUAAUUUUGUUGCUAAUAGUUGGACUAAUUUUGCUGUGCCUUCAUGAAGAUUUUUUUUUUCACUCAGUUUAGUUGCAUAGCCUGGGAGAAAGAUUUAAUUUUAGAAGUUUCAGUUGACAAAGACAUGCUGGUGCUAGAUACAUGUUUCAGAUCCUUGUCAUUGUACUCUAUUUUUAAAUUCAAGUGCCAGCCAGCCUAAAGAGCACAUGCUGCAUCUGUGCUGGGGGCUCCGCAUCCGUGCUCUGAAGCUCAGUUCUUCCAAGCCUUAGCACAAGGCCACCCAAUCUACUUCUGUAUUUUUCCUAUUUAGUGAAGAGAAAUGCUCUAGCAAGUUCUUUUCCUUAUCACAGAACUAAAACUGGUCAUAAAAACAGCCCUCCUCCCUCCAGAGGUCUGCUCAGGCAUUGGCAAUUGUUCAGAUACUUGUCUAUCAACAGCCACUCGAGAAAGAAUUUUAAAUGGUUUUGUGACGUCAAGGAGGCCCAAGAAAAUAUAGUCUGGUGCCAAAUUACCCCCAUUAUUGAAAGCACACAGUAAGAAACAGAUAACACAGAAAUAAAUCUUUUGUGCAGUAGCUGUCUCAUGAUAUGCUCUAGCAACUCCAAUAAAUGCGGUUGUCUGGUUUAGGAAUAGCUAAAGAAGAUUCACUUUCAGCAUCUCAUUUUCUGAUUUAUGAUUAAUGAAAAUCCAACCUAAUCUAUUAGCCAUCCUGCUGUCUGGACAAAAUGUCUGCGGGUAGCUUGGACCUUGCAGAGGGAAAUACCCUGACCAAGUUACAGCCUACGAAAGUGAACAAUUUAAGUAUGAUGGACAAAAAACUGAACCUCUUGAAUGAAAAGAUGGACAAAAUGUUGCACUUCCAAGAAGACCUGACAGGCAAAUUGCAGCGAGUUAACAAAGGCAUUGAUGAUGUAGAAAAAGGCAUUAACAAGCUGUCCCGAACAGCCUCUGGUGAGACAGACAACAUGGACAAAGGCCUGGCGGUGUCGGAUGGUGCUCACCAGAGCGAUGUCCAGAGCAUCUGCUCCGAAGUGCUGAAGUUGGUGAGAGCUGCCCAGCUGGAUGCCUCGAAGCAUAAGGAGAGGCUGGCAAAGAUAGAGAAAAGGGUUGAUACACUGGAUAAAGUUCUUACAUUUGUGGGAGAAGUAUUGAAAAAUUCUAAAGUGGUGGAUUUUAUUCUCAAAGGCAUUGUGCCCUGGAAGAAGGGGAGUCUGCUGGAAAUCCUGGUUGAGGCCAAAGAUAAGUCUGAGGAGAGUGGUGCAAAACCUAAGCGUGUGCUUAGUGACAGAGGAACCCAAACUGAAGGCAAGAAGCCUCUGGAAGAGACACGAAGUGGGAAAAAGCUGGAUGAAAACAAAGGAGCGUGUGAGAAGGUGAACACUUCUAGUGCUGUGGCCCACCAAGCUGACUCCAAACCCCAAGUUAAGGAGAGGACAGUGCAGCAGCAGGCAGUAGAAGGUGCUGGCAAAACACAUGGCUCCAAGAGCUGUCAACAGCAAAAGGACAUCGGUGUCAAAGCUUUGAAUCAACACAAUGGUCUUCCCUCUGUAAAUCAAGAUCACGCAGGCAACCAAAAUGUUCCUGCUGAAGCACACGAUACGGACAGAGCCCCGUGCCCAGAUGAGUGCCGCGGGACGCUUGGUCAUCAGAAGCCCGGCGAGAAUGAAAACAAAGCUCCACCGUGCAGUGUGGCAUCCCGGGAAGCUGUGCCCUCCACAUCCCAGGCUAUAUCAGACACAGGGUGUGAAGUGACACACACCAGGACAUCCGUCAAUGUACACACGGCUGAAAUGAAAGAAAAGAUGGAGAUGACCAAGGAAGGAAACUUAAAUAAUAACAGAGGUAAGAGUCCCAAAGUAAAAUCCCCAUACUCCACAUCAGCAGAACUGGAAGGAGUUGAACAACUGCCUGACAAAUUAAAGCUUAAACCGAGUUCUAAAAGCAUCAGCACUGAGCCAAAUCAAGAAGUGAAAGGGGACAAUAAGCAAAAGGAACUUGCACCUCAAACAGGGAAGGAACAGGCAUUUCAGAGCAAGCCCAAACCAGGAAAAAAUGCUGAAGAGAAAUCGGAAUUAAAAUGCAAGCCCGUAACCUCACAGAAUAGCUCUGUGAAGGAGCCUAUGAAAGAUCUGGGAGCAGAAGUGAGAAUCCACCAAGAUGCGGCAAAAGUAGAAGAAUCUCUGAAGGAUGCCAGUUCUGAGAAGAGAGAAUCCGAGUCCGCGUCCUCGGGGGGCAAUGGAGGUGGUGCCCACCAGCAUUCAGGAGCAGCACCAGAGACAACCGGGUCACGGGAGGCCAGCAAAGAGCUUCCCUCUCAGGGUGAAACCGUCAUCGAUGACAGCCCUUCUCCUCCAGCUCCUUUCGAACAUCGCAUAGUGAGUGUCAAGCAAACAGAGGUGACAACGUGCUACUCCGUGUGUCGUCAUGAAGUACUGGGGGGGGGGCGAUUUGGGCAAGUUCACAAGUGCACGGAAAAAUCGACUGGUCUCAACCUGGCAGCCAAAAUUAUCAAAGUGAAAGGAGCAAGAGAGAGGGAGGAAGUAAAAAAUGAAAUUAACAUCAUGAACCAGUUAAAUCACGUGAAUCUGAUCCAGCUUUAUGAUGCUUUUGAAGCCAAAAAUAAUAUCACUCUCAUCAUGGAAUAUCUUGAUGGUGGUGAAUUAUUUGACCGGAUCACAGACGAAAACUACCACCUAACUGAGCUGGAUGCGAUCCUGUUCACCAGACAGAUUUGUGAGGGAGUCCACUACCUGCACCAGCAUUACAUUCUGCAUUUAGAUCUGAAGCCUGAAAACAUACUAUGUGUAAAUCACACAGGAAAUCAGAUUAAAAUCAUUGACUUUGGAUUAGCAAGGAGGUACAAACCUCGGGAGAAGCUGAAGGUUAACUUUGGAACUCCAGAGUUCUUGGCUCCUGAAGUGGUGAACUACGACUUUGUCUCCUUCCCAACAGACAUGUGGAGUGUGGGCGUCAUCACCUACAUGUUGCUUAGUGGCCUGUCCCCAUUCCUGGGAGAAACUGAUGCAGAAACAAUGAAUUAUGUAGUGAAUUGCAACUGGGAUUUUGAUGCAGAAGCGUUUGAACAGCUAUCAGAGGAAGCUAAAGACUUUAUUUCCAGAUUACUCGUGAAGGAGAAAAGCUGCCGGAUGAGCGCGACGCAGUGUCUGAAGCACGAGUGGCUGAACAACCUGCCGGCCAAGGCCAAGAGGUUCAAGCUUCGCCUGAAGUCCCAGUUGCUGCUGCAGAGUUACCUGGCUCACAGAAAAUGGAAGAAACAUUUUUAUGUGGUGGCUGCUGCCAACAGGCUGAAGAGGUUUCAGAGUAUGUCUGUCAAGCUUGUGUAAGCUCCUACGAAGCCUCUGCCACUCGUGGAGCUGGACAUGAAGCCAUGGAAGAAGGACUCAGUAUCUUCAAUAAUUUCUGUCCCGUUUGGGUCUGUCCUCCUCAAAUAUUCUGUGUUAGUGAUAAGGUUCCAGAAGCACCUCAAGGAAGAGUCUCUUGAAAUUACUUCUCAAAGCAGAAGCGACCUUCUUUGGUUUUACAAGCUUUUUCCUGUUGUACAUAGUGAUAGAAAAGGUGGCCGUCAGGGGGCUGACUGCUCACUGGAGGCUUCGAUUCUGCAGAGUAUUGUUGGUGUGUUCACGCCAGGAAACACCGUGUUGGUUUUGGUUCUCACACGUGGGACCUCUGGGGGCUCCCCACACAACUGACGUACGGCAGCAACUUCGGAGCGCUGCCACAACAGCGACACAGCUUCUCCCUCAUGUGUUUGUUACUUAGAACAAAAGAUAUUGGAUAUUCCUUUCUUCUAUAAUUUUCCCACCCCCCAAACAUGAUAAUUAUUCAGUGAAACUACUCAGAGUUGAAUGGUUUGGGUUUGUUAUUAUUUUUUUUUAAAUUAUUCUCUCCUUUAAAAAAACAGUCACUGCAUAGUUGGGAAAUAUGAGCAAUCCUGGUUUAAAGCAACGUAAGUCAAUUGGUCCAUUGCUGCUUUUUCUUAUGGUGAGUUGAACUGAUCAAGGUUUGGAAGGAGAUAAGUAAAACUGCCACAAAGAAAAAUCACCUAAUGACUGUUGGGUCUAUGCAAAAAGAUCUCAUGUUGUCCAGAAAUAAGAGAUUUCCAGACAUCGUUUGGUGUGCGUUUAACAUUUUUAAGUGCUUCUCAUUGGCUGUGACUGCAGCCCUGAGUUAUCUAAGUUUUACUUGGAGGAUUUUUCUCCUGACAAUGUUAAUGAAGUCUGAGAAGUUGAUAGGGUGUGAUAUGUUGACAUGGUUUAGCGGCAGGCAAAUGCUGUUACUGCCAGGCUCUGCCUUUAGCCCAGUGAGGAGGCUGAAGCCCCAUCUUCCCCCACUGUGCUCUUGAACUUUAAAUGUUUUCUUCACAAUACUGAUUUAUCUUGGAUUUUAAACUUUCUCCUGAUGUAUGAAGAGUUGGAGCCACUUGCAGUCUCUCAGCUAAAAGUAUAAAGUUAUUUAUUCAACCCGUGGUUUCCUUCAUUCCUGUUCUGGAUUCUGCAAAAUUCAGUGUGAAUUGGAUGGGGUCUUAGGAAAACCAGAAACUAAUACUACUAAGACUAGGUUUUCAGCAAAGGCAUCAAAUCACUGUAAAGCUCCCUUUACCUUUAUAGACUUUCACGUCCCUUGAAUUAGCAAAAGUGCUGGUUGCUAAUAAAAAGGUUUGUAAGACUGACUUACCCAAGUCUAGUUAUCUUUUCCACUCUAGUGCUUCUCACUUUGCACAGUCCAGAAUUCUGGACUUCUGCAGCAUUUCCAGAACUGAGACAGAGAAGAAUUAUUAAAGUCAAGUGAAAUAAUCUUGAAAUCAUGUGAAAAAAUCUUGACGAUGUAUCACCUUCUGUGAAGGCCCACUUUUGUUUGUGUUUUCCUUCCACCGUGAUUCUGCAUGCUACAUGCGAUUAUAUUCAUUGGUCUGUAUAUUUCAGAAUUAAUAAUAAUAAAUUACAUUGAAGUGGAACAA